CUCGCUGCAAGGCUUUCUGGGAGUGGUAGUUUCAAAAGCGUGACAGCCUCGGCUGCAGCCACUGGCCGCGCCUAGCCGCGGACUACAGACCGUGGCACGCAGAACUCCGGGCUCUUCCGCCUCGACUUUAGCUCCCUGCCUGCGCGCCCGCCCCAGCUAUCAUGGCGGCUCCCUUGGCCCUGGUGCUAGUGGUGGCAGUGACCGUGCGGGCGGCUUUGUUCCGCUCCAGCCUGGCCGAGUUCAUCUCCGAGCGCGUGGAGGUGGUGUCCCCACUCAGCUCUUGGAAAAGAGUGGUUGAAGGCCUCUCACUAUUGGAUUUGGGAGUGUCUCCAUAUUCUGGAGCAGUAUUUCAUGAAACGCCAUUAAUAAUAUACCUCUUUCAUUUCCUGAUUGACUAUGCUGAGUUGGUAUUUAUGAUAACGGAUGCACUCACUGCCAUUGCUUUGUAUUUUGCAAUCCAGGACUUCAAUAAAGUUGUGUUUAAAAAGCAGAAACUCCUCCUAGAAUUAGAUCAGUAUGCCCCAGAUGUGGCCGAACUCAUCCGAACCCCAGUGGAAAUGCGUUACAUCCCUCUGAAAGUGGCCCUGUUCUAUCUCUUAAAUCCCUAUACCAUCUUGUCAUGUGUUGCCAAGUCUACGUGCGCCAUCAACAACACCCUCAUUGCUUUCUUCAUUCUGACCACGGUAAAAGGUAGUGCCUUCCUCAGUGCUAUUUUUCUUGCCUUAGCAACAUACCAGUCUUUGUACCCACUCACCUUGUUUGUCCCAGGGCUCCUCUAUCUCCUCCAGCGGCAGUACAUACCUGUGAAAGUGAAGAGCAAAGCCUUCUGGAUCUUCUCUUGGGAGUAUGCCAUGAUGUACGUGGGAAGCCUAGUGGUAAUUGUUUGCCUCUCCUUCUUCCUUCUCAGCUCCUGGGAUUUCAUACCUGCAGUCUACGGCUUCAUACUUUCUGUUCCUGAUCUCACUCCAAACAUUGGUCUUUUCUGGUACUUCUUUGCGGAGAUGUUUGAGCACUUCAGCCUCUUCUUUGUAUGCGUGUUUCAGAUCAACGUCUUCUUCUACACCAUCCCCUUAGCCAUAAAGCUGAAGGAGCACCCUAUCUUCUUCAUGUUCAUCCAGAUUGCCAUCAUCUCCAUCUUCAAGUCCUACCCGACAGUGGGGGAUGUGGCCUUGUAUAUGGCCUUCUUCCCGGUGUGGAACCAUCUCUACAGAUUCCUGCGAAAUAUCUUUGUCCUCACCUGCAUCAUCAUCGUCUGCUCCCUGCUCUUCCCUGUCCUGUGGCAUCUCUGGAUUUACGCAGGAAGUGCCAACUCUAAUUUCUUUUAUGCCAUCACACUUACCUUCAAUGUUGGGCAGAUCCUGCUCAUCUCCGAUUACUUCUACGCCUUCCUGCGACGGGAGUACUACCUCACACAUGGGCUCUACUUGACCGCCAAGGACGGCACAGAGGCCAUGCUUGUGCUCAAGUAGGCCUGGCUGGGCGCAGGGUUGCACAGACUUCAAGGGAUGGAAGGACCAGAAGUUGGGUCAAGCCCUUUAGCCAGAGUUGCCAGCAGGCAAGGCCUCCGGCAGAUGCGGUUCAAGUCCAGGGGCAUAAUCUUUGGUUCCAGAGGGGAGUCAUGGCUUGCAGCCAAGCCUGUGGGGGAAUUGCCAGGAGCACCUCUACUUGGACGGACCCCGUUUGUGGCUCUAUCCAUCAAGGCGCCUCCUCCCAGACAGGAAAGGGGAGGAAGCAGGUGAGCGGGCUUGUUAGAUUGUGGCUACUUAAUAAACAUGUUUUGUUAUGAAAAA